AAAGGUGUAGAUGUUAUUACCCCCGCAUUUGGGCUUCUUACAAUAAUGGAUGAUAUAAUAGAAGAUAAAAUGGAUGAGGAACAAAUUGAAGAUGAAAUUAAUAUAGAUACGAGCGAUAAAAUCCUACGAAUUACUCAGGACGACAAGCCUUUGGAUUGGACUGUUGAACCAGAAAAUCCUUUUCGUGAACCUACACCGACAGCAAAACAAAAUGAAGAUAUUAAAUCUAAAAUUCCAACAACAUCUAUAUCAAUACGUUCUAAGACACAUUUACCUAUUCCUUUAAUUGAGUAUCUUUGCCAACUACGAAAUUGUUCGUUCAAGGAACUACAUGUACUAUUCCAUAAUCUUGAUGCUCGUCGUGAAAUUAUUGAGCAUUUACGCCAAAAUGUGCAGUUACGGACAUCUCAUCUAAAACCAACGUGUCGCAACUUUAUUGUACAUUGUCAUGACCUUACAGUUCAAUCAGCAAGUAUUGUUCCAGCAAUGAGUGGUUAUUUGGGCAUAACUGUCCGCGGAUAUUAUUAUGUAAAGCAUAAUUUCAAACUUUGUCAUCCAUAUCUACCAUGUAUUAUUGAGUUUGGUGGAGGACAUCAUCGAUCAUUUUACCCUCUUGAAGUCCUUUGUGUAAUCCGAAACAAAAUGAAAGGAGGAUGUUAUUAG